AUGUCAUCAUCAGCACCAAGAACCAAGCCCUGGGAAGUAUCACUGGGCACCAGUGCAGCAUCAACUCAACAAUCUACAACUAUGCCGGGGGGAAUAUCGGAUUCAGCGACAACGGCGACAGGGGCAGGGACAGCGACAUCAACAAAUCCAUCUUUACCUGACCGACCAACAUCCCUUACAAACGAAUUCAAUAACAUGGCACAAACGUCGCCAUAUGGAAACAACACUAACAACAACGCUUAUGGGACGUCGUCAACGUAUGGCAACGGCUAUGGCUCAUCUGGUUAUGGGUCAUCAAUGUAUGGGUCGGGCUAUGGCUCUGGCUAUGGUUCUGGUAUGUAUGGAUCGGGAUUUGGCUCAAGUAUGUAUGGAGGUUAUGGCUCUGGGAUGUAUGGUUCGGGUUACGGUUCCGGAAUGUAUGGGCUGGGAAUGUAUGGGUCUGGGAUGUAUGGCGGAGGUUACGGUAGUGGAAUGUAUAAUCAACCUGGUAUGAUGCAAGGAGGUUUUGGAGAAGGUACACAAGCGACAUUUCAUUUGAUAGAGAGUAUAAUUGGAGCAGUUGGUGGAUUUGCACAAAUGUUGGAAGCUACGUAUAUGGCGACCCAUUCUUCGUUCUUCACCAUGGUCAAUCUCGCUGAGCAAUUUGGUAAUUUGAAAAAUGCCCUUGGAUCUUUGCUUGGAAUAUUUGCCUUGAUUAAGCUUGUCAAAAAGUUGUUUGCCAAACUAACGGGACAAGUUUACAACAAUGGCAUAAAUUUUAAUGAAUUCAAUAAAUUCGAAGCCAAACAAAAAAAGUUGGAGGACCAAAUCAAAAGAAACGGUGCAAACGGCAAUAAACCACCCAGAAUGUCCUUAAAACCACUACUUAUCUUCCUUGCUGCAUCGAUUGGUCUUCCUUAUUUGCUAAGCAAAGCAAUACAAAUGCUUAAUGAACAAAACAGGCGCAAGAUGGAAAUGCUGCUGCAGCACCAGCAACAACAGCAACAACAAUUGGGUGGUGCAAACUUUGACCCAUCAAACUUGCAAUUUGCCAAGGCUUUGUACGAAUUCAAUCCAGAAAACCCACAAAUGGAAGCUGAAUUAAAGCCUAAUGAGCUAGUGGCAAUUUUAUCAAAACAGGAUCCUGUAGGCAAUGAAUCCAAAUGGUGGAAGGUUAGAACCAGGACAGGAAAAGUAGGUUACGUGCCGAGUAACUUUUUGACGGUAAUUGAGCGAAAACUGCAACCACAAUUGAAGCUGGCAGAGUCGGCGCCAGCAGUUGCUCAAACCAUCAAGCCAGAACAAAUGUUAGAGGAGUUCAAGAGUAUGUAG